UUUGUUUUUAGACAAGGUCUUACAUAGAACUUGAUAAGUAGCUGAAGCUUGCCUCCAACUCCUGAUCCUCCUGCCUCCACCUCCUGAAUGCUGGCAUUACAGGCAAAUGCCAAGCCCAGUUUGAAUAUUUGAUCUUUACCUUUUUUUUUUUUUUUUCUGGGAGAUUUGGGAAUUUCUGGGAGGAAAGGCCUGCAAAUGAAAAGGAUGGUGUUUUCUACCCCCGUCUGGCUCCCUUCUUAGGUCCCAGCCCAUGGAGACAGAGGAGGUGAGAGGAUUUAGAUGCCAGUCAGAGAAGCAGACUGAGUCCUGCAAGCCCAGCUUACCCUAAAUAGUUACAGAGGAGAGAAAAUGAUGCAGGGGACUUUCCUGCCAGCAGCUGCUGGUUAAACCUCUUUGGGAAAUGAAUCCUCUUCAUGAGAACUGACUGCCCGUGCACAGUGUAGAGACAACAGAACCGGUUUUGUAUCCUCUGACCUGGACCUACUAAACCUCUGCCUAUGUAGUUCGGAGCCUGUAGUAUCCCCAGGGAUGCCCACCUGGGACACAGUUCCCAACCCCACUCUCCCUUUGUGCUUUCAGACAGAUCUCCUGUGUUGUCCAGACUCAUGACACCCACUUCCGGUCUGUGAUGAUGCUUGGACAUGGAAGAAGGAGAGGAGUACCCCCUUUGCUCCUCCCCUCUGCAAAGACAGCCUUGUAGACCCCUCUUGAUGCUGCUUAAUGGGAGAGCUCCCUUUCCGUGAAGGUGCCCUAGAUAUUACAGACAAACUCCGGGCAUUGCUAGCUUUGGUUAAUACCAAGUGGAUGACUCAAUCACCCGAGAAUUUAGCUGAACCCUUCUCUAAUUCUGCUAGUCUCGCCGUCCAAUAGGAGAUCUGUGGUCUCCAAGAAUUCAUCCUGUGGGAGGGGAAAUAAACACACGUGAGGUUAUUUUCAAACGGGAUGACAUGUUUUGUGGAAACAUGAUCAAAGUCUCAUGGGAACGUAAUGAUAGGAUGACCCAUCCAUGACUCUGUGGAUGGCCUCACAGAGCAGUAGAAAGAGCAGGCGUCUGUAGGCUGCGGAGGAGGGCUUGGAACUGAGUGGUAAUCCCUGAUCCUUCCCUCUCCUAGGAACGUCUCAGGCAUGCUAAUGGAGAAACUGGAAAGAAACUUGUACAAAGUAACUGGCCACAGGAUAGACUGAGGAGACCACACUGUAUGCAAGACAUGGGCCUUGAAGAUGAGGUUCAGGAGGGAAGCAGCUUGAAGGCACAAUGCACAGGGCUUCCAAGGGGUGAGGUGCCCGAGGCCUGGGGUUUGAGUCAGACAUGUAGAUGUAAGCAAAUCUUGUAAUGGCCCAUGCCUUAGUAGCCGUCUCCACCACCCCCUCCCUGCUCUAUAGGUGUCCUAAGAGAUUCACGAGAGUUGAUAAAGCUUGAGAAGGUCUGACUCUGCCUGCAUGUUAGCUGCUGUGAGGGCACUUGGCACAUUCACGCACUGCCCAAGCUUCUGACUCGGGCUAUGUGACCCACAAAAGAGCCCCAGAGCCUCUGUCCCCUGGAUGAGGCUGGAGUAUGAGAGGGAUCUGGGGACAGCUUGUGCACUUGCAGGAAAAGGUGGGACUCCUAUGACCCUAGCAUCUUACCCGCCCCUGAGAAAAAGCCAGCAGACCAAGAAGCAGGAGGUAUCCAGCCAGAGGUGGAUUCCCAGAGAGGCCUGUUCUGACCCCCCAACAGUGGAGUCACCUCCUCCUGGCUACAGAGGGCUGUAGCACCAGGCUGAAGGAGCAGGAUGUGGUUUUUGGUUUCUGUUUCUGUUUUGACAUGUGCUGUUGCUGUGGCCUGCCUAGGCCCCAGGAAAGGGGAAGUGCCCUAGGGUGGGAUUGAACUCUCCAGGCCACAUGUCAUGGGGGUGCUAGUGGCGGAGGAUAUGGAACCUGCCUCGUUAGGACUCUUUCCUCAAGAUGAUAGAGACACCUGGAAGCUGCCAGCCAACCAGCCAAGAGUUAGCUGAGCUCUGGAGUGAAUGCUUGUCCACAUCGCUGAGUAUGGCACCAAGGUCCAGUCUGUUGCCAAGACAAGGUUAAACCAGGACACAGCGGCACAGCGAUCCUGAUGUCUGUUCCCAGCCCUGCGGUCAAGGCUGUGUUAAGAAGCCCAAGUCGUCACCAUGGCUUCUGCCGAGCCCCUGACAGCGCUGUCCCGUUGGUACCUAUACGCCAUCCACGGCUACUUCUGCGAGGUGAUGUUCACGGCGGCCUGGGAGUUCGUGGUGAAUUUUAACUGGAAGUUCCCGGGGGUCACGAGCGUGUGGGCCCUCUUCAUCUACGGCACCUCCAUCCUGAUCGUGGAGCGCAUGUACCUGCGCCUUCGGGGCCGCUGUCCUCUGCUGGUGCGCUGCCUCAUCUACACGCUCUGGACCUACCUGUGGGAGUUCACCACGGGCUUCAUUCUGCGCCAGUUCAACGCCUGCCCCUGGGACUACUCCCAGUUCGACUUUGACUUCAUGGGUCUCAUCACCCUGGAGUACGCGGUGCCCUGGUUCUGUGGGGCCCUCAUCAUGGAGCAGUUCAUCAUCCGCAACACCCUCCGCCUACGCUUUGACAAGGAUGCAGAGCCCGGGGAGCCUGCCAGUCCGCCAGCCCUGGCCAAUGGCCACGUGAAGACCGACUGAGCUCAGAAGGUUAAUGUGAGAACCUAAGGCCUCUCCUAGGAACUUCAACGACAGAGAGACCAAGCUGGUGGGGUGACCAGCACAAGCCCUGCCCCCAAAUGGGUCUUAGUCCGGUAGAGCAAACACAACCACACAUGGUGGGCAGUGGGAUGGUGUGGGGGAGAUGGGUGUCCAGACAACAGAAGAACACUGGGACUGGUCCAUGGCUCUCCACCCAUCCUGGGGACUGGAGCCUGGGCGAUGAACAAUUGGACUUCGUGGAUGACUUUGGAAGCAGCAGGCCUGUCCUGAUGAAGGGACAUGAACUCUGGGGCCACGGGUGGGAGACAAGGUCUGAGGAGGCCUUGGCUGCUGUUGGGGCCACCACCCCACCUGUCCCCUGGCUUCAGCUGGGCUUUGGCUGGCCCUAUUAGGCAAUAUUCAGGUGCUUGCUUGCAACCAAUACCUCCCCAGGGGCCUCUGAGCUGCAGCCUGAGAGAGACCCAGCAGCCAGCAGGCUGCUUGGUGGCAUUGCUCUUGUACAAGGGCUGGGAAAACUUCCUCUGGCCCGUCCCCCUCCCCCAGGGCCCCACGCUGCUCCCAUGGCCUUCUGGGGGGGCCCCUGUGGUGCUGGAUCCCUACCAACCUUGGGCUUUUGGGGGGUUUCAAUCCCGUGUGUUUGGUGGCGUUUUCCCCUUUCUCUUACGUUCAAGACAUUUCCCACUAGCAGGCAGCCAUUUUCUGUCAGUCACCACAUCCGGAUUCCCCUCUCCCAGCUCCCUACAGAACACAGCAGCGGCCGGAGGCACAGCUCUAACAUGGGCCCCACCUGCCUUCCCGCAGCCUUCCCCCGCCCCUUCAUCUGGGGACCGGGGCCAGCCUGCCUGCCUCCCUGGCCCAGGGAUGGUGGUCUGGUGCCCCCUCCCUGCAGAGGUCCUACUAAAGACGCAUAGUAUCCCCCCAGUGCCCAUCUAGGUCUAGAGGUGUCCUGUGGCUCCACAGGGGAAGAAAAAAAGGCAGAGUUCUAGGUCCUAUGUGCCCACAUUGGUUUGUUUACAAGCCAGUUAGUCAAUAUGACUUCCUGUGAAAUAGGGGAGCAGGUAUCUAGCUGGAGACCCAUGGGGAAUUAGCUAUGGAAGACCAUGGAAGGUUCUUUGGAGCCCCUUUUCUGGAAAAAGAUGAGUUCUACCACAGCCUCAGCUCAACGCUAACUCUCGGGGCUGCUCCUCCUACAGCUAGCUCCUCCUGGCCAGGCUGACCCUUUGAGCUUGUUCCUCCAACAGUAUUAGCCCUGCCACACUCAUGGGCGUGGUGAGCUCCGUUGUCUUAGCUUGCCCCCGUGAUGGGUCCAUUGCUGGCAGUGGACAGGUGGAAUCCUUAUUCCAGGCCCUUCUGAUUUUUGUCCUCCACCCUUUGAAAGGAGGAGUCAGUCCAUCAAAGAGUGUCCAUCCCACGUGGCAGUCUCCUCUUGGCCACCCUGGGGACUCUGAGGUAGCAGUCAGCCUUUUCUUUCUUAUAGAUCAUUUAAAAGGAGAUGGUGCCACUGUGGAAAGCCGCUGAAGCAUACAGAGAGCACCAGGCGAGGGUCAGCAGGGCUGGGAGAAAGACUCAACCUUCUGUGGCCUCCUUCCCCCCAGUUCUCUCUGUCCAGGGCAGAAUGAAGUGUUCUUGAGUAGACAUCAUCAAAAACCAUUCUCUCUGUGUGUGUAGUGGGGGCUGCUUCUGGUUUUGUUGUAGCCCGGAUUAUAGGACUUUGUGGGUUCCAGGGAUUCAGGCUUCCAAUGGGAGUGGUUGCUUUCCAUCUCCAAGUGGUGAGACUUCCUUAUUUUAUAGGCCCCUUCCUCCAAUUCUGUGUUAUCUCAGUUCCCUGAAUCCUAAUGCCUCUCUAGGCCACCUCACACCUACCUUCGCAACCCAGUCUAGUGGCUUGCUGAGGUGUCCCAGCAUUCAUUAAGACCCCAGUUCUCCACCAGAGAAAGCCAUGGGGUGGCCCCUGGUCUCAGCACUCCGGAUGUUGCCUUACAGGCAUUCCCUGGCACCAUUUUCCUCAAGCCCCUUUAGUCCCCUGUCGGAAGGGUUUCCUGGAGUGAAUCUGUUUGCCUGGCAAUGCUCAGCAAUGUGAUCUGCUCAUGCAGGUCCCCUGUUCUCCUGUGGCCCCUCCUAGGCCCAGCAUCCCCAGCCAGGGGAAGCUGCAAUGUAAAGGCCUGACCACAGACCCACAGGCUCAGAUCUCACCAAGUGGAGCCCAGAUUUCAGCUCUUGCUUUAUUGGCUCUCUUCGGGGCUCCAACCUCUUAGUGCACAGGGACACAGAGGUUGGGGUCACCAAGCCUUUCUGAGCAGUGGGGAGUCCACUAGCUGUUUACGGAGCCUCUGAUGUUCUGAGCCCAAGGCAGCUGUAUGCUGCUGGGACUCAGCAGAUCGUUAAGUAUGCUGCCCUGCAUGGUUGAGUUGCUUUGGAUAUCUGCUAGGCUUCCAGUGCCCUGUCCCCUCCUCAUGCCAGAGAGUCACAAUGGCCUGUGCUUAUUCACAGCAAUAAUACAUAGGGAGCAUCUGUGAGUCCCUUUUGUCCUGGUCCCUUACUCUUCAUGGAUCUCCCAGGAGACUGCUGAGCGGGUCAGUUCAUGUGAGAAUCUAUGUCUGAAGCUCUGGGCUGUGCCAAGUGUUGGCUGCAGGUGGCAGGUGAGAGGAGAGACCUAGCCAUGAACUGUGACGAAGGCCGAGAGAGUGGCUUCCACCCUGAGGCCACCAGACCUGGACAAGCUGGCGGCCCCAGUUUUGGAACAGGCCCUUUGAAAUGGAUAGGACUGUCUUCCAACUGGACGGCUCUUGAGAACGGCACAUGACUGACUUGUGAGCCCAUUGCCUGCUAUGUCUGUCUCUCUCUUCCUUUUCAUAAUUGUGCACACAAAAUAUACUGGUGUUUGUGUUCCUGGA